CAAUAUUUCAAUAACUUGAUUAUUUUCAUAACUUCUUCAGAAGCUUCAAAUUCAAACUUUCAGAAAAAAAAAAUAGAAAUGGCUUUGGUGAGAAGUCUAUUGGGUGCAAAGAAUAUUCUUGGAGCUGCAACAAGUAAAAGAGCAGCAUCAGCGUCACCACCAAAAGGGUUUCUUGCGGUGUACGUAGGAGAGAUCCAGAAGAAGAGAUAUGUGGUGCCAAUCUCAUACUUGAGCCAACCUUCGUUUCAAGCUCUUCUCAACAAAUCCGAAGAAGAGUUUGGUUUCAAUCAUCCAAUGGGUGGCUUAACCAUCCCUUGUCCUGAAGAUACUUUCAUCGCUGUGACGUCUAGGCUGCAAUGAUGAUUAUCCAACAUAUUUUUCUUCAACUUAGACAUAGACUUGUUCCUUGUAAAUAGAUGAGAUUUUCUUCUUCCUUAUAUAUUCUAGAAUUUUGAAGUAAAUGCCAUUACUCUGUUAUAGACACAAUCAUGAUUCAUGUUAUAUUU